CAGGCAUUCAUUGCUGGGAGGGGGAGGAAGCUUGCAGCAGGCUGAUCGAGAAGCAACAGGGGGGGAUCGAUGUCGUAGAGGUGUGCUCGGUGUGCGCUGACACAGGAGCGAUCCAUGGAGAAUGGUGUGCAUUAGGCACGGCGGCGUCACUGCUGCUGCUCUCUGCUACCUACCCCUUCCUUCUAUAGGUGUGUGCUCCCCUCUUCUGCAGCCAGCCGCCGAUCUCUGACAGUCACAGGAGAAGCUGACAGCACUCAGCAUGGAGGGGCCGGAGGAUCGGACUUCACAGGACCUCAUCUCCCCGGCUGAAAGAGACAACGCCGGGCUGUCACCCUGUACAAGGAUCCAGAGAACUUUAGCUGACCCGAAGCUUGAAUUCGCUCUUGCAUGCAAGGAUCUGCUGAGCGCUGCCCGUGAUGGAAAGCUGAACACGUUCGUACAGAUCUCAGUGGCACAUCCUACAGAGCAGACUUUAACCAGAUAUGCCAACACAGAAAUUGUGGAGGGAACAAGAGAUCCACUGUUUCUGACUGGUGUGACGUUUCCCUCGGAGUAUCCCAUCUACGAAGAGACUAAAAUUAAGCUAUCGGUGUAUGAUGUCAAGGAUAAGUCUCAAGAAACCGUUCUUCCAGAAGUCAAUGAGCCAAGAACAAAUGCUGGGAAGAGUUUCCUGGGCUGCACCACUUUCAAAGUGAAGGAUCUAGUCAAAACAAAGGAACAGCCCCUGUCUCUGAAUCUCAAAACCUUAAAUGGUGGGAAGAAAAUUGGGAGUAUUGAAGUGAGUUUGGUGAAGAUGGGGGAGAUACAGAAUGGAGAAGCGGAUCACAUCACGACAGACGAACAAGGACAAAAGUGUGCUUUAGUGUGUGAGUGUUCGUCACCUGAAACAUUAAAUGGGAUGGACAAUCUGCCUCUUCUAAAUGCAGUGUUAAAGAACCCAAUCUACAAGUUCUAUCGAUUUCCUGCAUCUGACAACAAGUGGAUCUGUGUUCGGGAGCAGAUGUCAGAGAGCAUCAUGUCUUUCCAUAUCCCAAAGCAACUGCUAACCCUCUAUUUAAUAGAAGACACCAGAAGAAUUGAAGAACUAAAAGAACUCGGUGAUCUCUCUCCACAUUGGGACAACCUGCGACAAAACGUUAUAACUCAUUAUGAAGAGAUGGUUUCCAUCUACCAGGAAAGCCUUACAGAGUUGGAAAAAUAUACAGGGUCUUCUUUCAAAUCCAGCUGUACUAAGGGAGAAAAGAGUCUAGAAUUUGUUCCAAUUAAUCUCCAUUUGCAAAGAAUGCGUGUUCACAGCCAAAAGUUAAAAGAUGCCCUCUAUGAUGUCAUUACCACUGGAGCCCCAGCAGCACAUUCUCAGGGAUUUAAGAGUGGCGGCCUCAGGAGACUUCUCACUAAGUUUGAGACAGAAAAGCGAAAUACCGGGUACCAGUGUAUUUACUAUUCACCUGAAAAUACGGCAAAGGCAAAAGAAAUUUUAAGCAACAUCAAUCACCUGCAACCUCUUAUAUCAAGCCAUACAGACCUCCUCCUUAAUUCAGCAAGACAGCACACUGCGGACAGCCUGAAGAACUCUUUAAACAUACUAAAGGAAACGACAGAGUUAUUUGUCCAUUCAUUUAAGGACCAGCUGGUAAGCAAUGCUCUUCUGGCACUGUACACUGCUCGGCCAGGCUGUGCAAAUAAGAAGCUCACAGACCCGAUGAUAAGCACUGAUGAGAAUGAUCUUCAGGGUCAGGAGCCUGUGAAUCCUAUAACAAGGCAAGAUUCUAUACCUCACCACUCUGAAUAUGAUGAGGAAGAAUGGGAUAGGGUGUGGGCCAACGUAGGAAAGAGCCUUAACUGCAUUAUUGCCAUGACAGACAGGCUACUUGAAAAAGAGGACAGCACAAAAGAAGACAAAGUGGUUUCUUCAGAUGAAGAUCUCAUCAUGUCGCACAUAAAUGAAGACUGGUAUGAACAGCUCUACCCUCUGAUAAUUACACUAAAAGACUGUGUAGCAGAAGUUGUGGAGAAGGCGAAGACUUCAAUGACUUUUGUUGUACUGCAAGAGCUGGCAUGUGCUUUGCCCCAGUGCCUGCGCCUCACAUUCAGAAGAGACGUGGUUUUCAGCCAAGCCCUUGCAGGAUUGAUCUGUGGAUUUAUAGUUAAGCUGCAUUCAAGUUUACACAAUCAGGGCUUUCUACAACAGCUCCACACAGUGGGGUUACUAGUGCAAUAUGAAGGUCUUCUGAGCACAUAUAGUGAAGAAAUCGGGAUGCUGGAAGACAUGGCUGUCAGUAUUUCAGAUCUGAAGCACACAGUAUUUAAAAUAACAGAAGCCAAAUCGGAUGACUUUCUGCCCAUUGUGACUGGAAGACGAGAGCACUACGAGGUGGAGGUCAAACUUCCGACAAAAAUGUUCGAGCUUCUUCCACAACAGAUCAAAGACGGAAAACUGCUCAAUGUUUACCCAGUGCUUUUUAAUAUUGGAAUUAAUGAGCAGCAAACCAUAGCAGAAAGGUUUGGUGACACAUCUUUGCAAGAAAGUAUUAACCAAGAGAAUGUUGAACAUUUGGAAGAGUAUUAUAGGCUGUGCACAGAUAAAACCUUUCCUGACUGUCCACAGUUAUUCGAUGAUCAAAGUGACCUGAAAGAACUCCUAGAAAAUCUUCACCAAAACACUCAUGCCAAAAAAAGAAAGAAUGUAGAAAUCAUGUGGCUGGCAGCUACUAUCUGCCGGAAAAUGAAUGGAGUUAGAUUUACUUGCUGUAAAAGCGCGAAAGACCGAACUUCUAUGUCAGUGACACUGGAGCAGAGCUCAAUCUUGAGAGAUGAACAUGAUCUUCACAAAGACUUCUUCGUCCGGGCUCUUGACUGCAUGAGAAGAGAAGGAUGUCGCAUAGAGAAUGUGCUGAAGAAUAUCAAAUGCAGAAAGUAUGCUUUCAACAUGAUACAACUGCUGACAUUUCCAAAGUACUACAGACCUCCAGAAGGGACAUACGGCAAAGUUAACAAUUGAGUGCAUUUAAGCAUUAACAAUGGCACAUAUUGUCCGAGACAAAGCACAGACUGGAUAAAUCAAUAUAAUAGUGUCUGAAUAACUGGGAAAUUCCUCAUGCACUAGAUCAGGUUAUAGACACUGAUGCGCUAAAAGAACUAAGGAAAAUAUUUAAAGCACAAUUUGCACAACGCGCAUUUGUAGGGCAGAAUUAGGACUGCAGAUUGUAAUAAGCACCAAUCAGAAGCACAAUGAUGUGGAAACAAUGGUAUGCCAGCAGUUAACCUUGUUUAAUUGCCAAAACCCACGAGUAUCAGGUUGUGUUUCUGUAGUAUUUAAGACCGUGUUAUUCUAGUAGAGGUAACAUUUAUUUACUCAAAGGUGCUCACAUGCAUUCUAAGCACGGAAUGUUAUCAGUUCUGGUUCAGGAACUUCAAUCACACAAGCGCUCUUAAGUCAUUGGAAUGGACCAGUUUGUGUAAAUUCUUGGGAAUAUGACCAAAUGAUACACAAAUUGAUUGUAAAUAAUGUCAUAUUAUUUAUUUGUAUAAAUGAUGGUGAGAAGCACCAGCUGAUCUCUAAAUUUAAGCCCUGGUUUAUAUUAAGUAUACAUACCCAUUUGUUUGCAUACUCUGAACCACAUUAGUACUCAUGUAAUUGAAAUCUCACAAAUACAAUGCCAAAAGAAGACUUGAUGAAGUAACAAGAUUGUGUCAUGUAAAAUUGGCCAUGUAGUUUUAUUUUUCUUCAUACACAACCUAUUGUGCAGGGAAGCCUGGUUUUAUUACAGAGCAAAAGAAUCGGUUGUGAAGUGUAUGUAUUUAUGUGUAUUUUGCUAAUGGUGGGUGUUUUUAUGAUUCCAAAGGUUUGUUUUAUUACUUUUAUAUACCAUUUGAUGUUAUUAGUAUAGCCAGCUGGUUGAAAAUGGCUUCAAACUCCAGCAGGUCCUUGGAGUUGAAGCCAUCAGUUUUCAAAAUCUGGAUUUUCAUAUGUUUUUUUUUUUUAGUCGCAUUCAUCUUUUUCCAAUCCUUUUGUAAUAGUGUUGGGAAUAAAUGGCUUCCCUUUCAUACCCAAUUUGCAUGUGUUUCAUUGACUUCCAUUAAAAUGUUUUAAAGUAUUAUCCAGCAUUUAAGUGUGUGUCCUUGGUCAAAUUCAUUUCAUAUGUAACCAUUUUCAUUGUACACCAUGUAUAUAUGUUUUAUUUAAAUAAAUAUUUUUUUUUUUA